GCCCCCGUGACGCGGGGUGGUGACUGGCUCCGGAGUCUGAGGGGCUCCUUCUUGUCAGGUUCUAGCUCAUGUUUUUUGGCUAGACCUGUGAUCAUUCUCAUGAGACUUCACUGCAUGUUUUUUCAGGUGUCUUCCUCAUCCCUAAUGUGUAACACCUCAACAUGGACCUGCUACUUUAGCUAAGACAUGGCCAGCAAUGAAGAGCAGUAAGAUAUGUGCUGAUUAGAAGAUUCACUUGUGCAGUGUGGAAGAUAAGCAGUGCCUUACAAAAAUGGGGUUUGGGAGUGACCUGAAGAAUUCACAUGAAGCUGUAUUAAAAUUGCAAGACUGGGAAUUACGGUUAUUGGAGACAGUGAAGAAAUUUAUGGCCUUGAGAAUAAAAAGUGAUAAAGAAUAUGCAUCUACUUUACAGAACCUUUGUAAUCAAGUUGAUAAAGAAAGUACUGUCCAAAUGAAUUAUGUCAGCAAUGUCUCCAAGUCCUGGCUACUCAUGAUUCAGCAGACAGAACAACUUAGUAGGAUAAUGAAGACACAUGCAGAGGACCUAAACUCUGGACCCUUACAUAGGCUCACCCUGAUGAUCAAGGACAAGCAGCAGGUGAAGAAAAGUUAUAUAGGCGUUCAUCAGCAGAUAGAGGCAGAGAUGAUCAAGGUUACGAAGACAGAAUUGGAGAAAUUAAAAUCCAGCUAUCGACAAUUAAUAAAAGAAAUGAAUUCUGCUAAAGAGAAAUAUAAAGAAGCUUUAGCAAAAGGGAAAGAAACUGAAAAGGCCAAGGAACGUUAUGACAAAGCCACGAUGAAACUUCACGUGCUGCAUAACCAGUAUGUGUUGGCGUUGAAAGGGGCACAGCUUCACCAGAGUCAGUAUUACGAUAUCACUCUUCCUCUUCUUCUGGACUCCUUACAAAAGAUGCAAGAAGAAAUGAUAAAGGCACUAAAAGGUAUAUUCGAUGAAUACAGCCAAAUAACUAGUCUUGUUACAGAGGAAAUCGUGAAUGUCCAUAAAGAGAUUCAAAUGUCAGUCGAACAGAUAGAUCCUAGUACAGAAUACAACAAUUUCAUAGAUGUUCACAGAACAACAGCAGCUAAGGAACAAGAAAUUGAUUUCGAUAGUUCCUUGUUAGAAGAAAAUGAAAAUCUUCAGGCAAAUGAGAUUAUGUGGAAUAAUUUAACGGCAGAAAGUUUACAAGCAAUGUUGAAAACUUUAGCAGAAGAACUUAUGCAGACACAGCAGACGCUUUUAAACAAGGAAGAGGCAGUCCUGGAGUUAGAGAAGAGAAUCGAAGAAUCUUCUAAGACCUGUGAAAAGAAGUCUGAUAUUGUGCUUCUGCUAAGCCAAAAACAGACACUUGAAGAAUUGAAACAGUCAAUCCAGCAGCUGAGAUGCACUGAGGCAAAGUUUGCAGCACAGAAAGAAUUACUAGAGCAAAAAGUACAAGAAAAUGAUGGGAAGGAGCCACCUCCAGUAGUAAAUUAUGAAGAAGAUGCCCGAUCAGUUACAUCUAUGGAAAGAAAGGACAGGCUGUCCAGAUUUGAGUCUAUUCGUCAUUCAAUUGCUGGAAUAAUUAGGUCUCCAAAAUCUACACUGGGCUCUUCUGCACUCUGUGAUAUGAUCUCUUUCAUUGAGAAGCCCUUGACAGAGCAGGACUGGUACCACGGUGCGAUCCCCAGAAUAGAAGCCCAAGAUCUGCUCAAACAACAAGGAGACUUCCUGGUGCGAGAGAGUCAUGGGAAACCUGGUGAAUACGUCCUUUCUGUAUAUUCUGAUGGACAGAGGAGACAUUUUAUCAUACAAUUUGUUGAUAACCUGUAUCGAUUCGAGGGCACUGGGUUUUCAAACAUCCCUCAACUAAUAGAGCAUCACUACACAACAAAACAGGUCAUCACCAAGAAAUCAGGGGUGGUUCUGCUGAAUCCUGUUCCUAAGGAUAAGAAAUGGAUUCUCAAUCAUGAAGAUGUCACAUUGGGAGAAUUACUAGGCAAGGGAAAUUUUGGUGAAGUAUAUAAGGGCACAUUAAAGGAUAAAACUCUUGUUGCUGUUAAAACGUGUAAAGAAGAUCUUCCUCAGGAACUGAAAAUAAAAUUCUUACAGGAAGCCAAAAUUCUCAAGCAAUAUGAUCAUCCCAAUAUUGUCAAACUUAUUGGCGUUUGCACACAAAGACAGCCUGUCUACAUCAUUAUGGAACUGGUUUCAGGAGGUGAUUUCCUCUCCUUUCUGAGAAGGAAGAAGGACGAACUAAAACUCAAACAGUUAGUGAAAUUUGCAUUAGAUGCUGCUUCUGGCAUGAUGUAUCUCGAGAGCAAAAACUGUAUACACAGGGACCUUGCUGCAAGAAACUGCCUGGUGGGUGAAAAUAAUACUCUGAAAAUCAGUGACUUUGGAAUGUCUCGUCAAGAGGAUGGGGGAAUAUAUUCAUCCUCGGGCUUAAAGCAGAUUCCCAUUAAGUGGACAGCCCCAGAAGCUCUUAAUUAUGGGAGAUACAGUUCUGAGAGCGACGUGUGGAGCUUCGGCAUCCUCCUCUGGGAGACCUUCAGCCUGGGGGUGUGUCCUUACCCCGGGAUGACCAAUCAGCAAGCAAGAGAGCAAGUGGAACGAGGAUAUCGGAUGUCAGCACCCCAAAACUGUCCAGAGGAUAUUUUUCAAAUUAUGAUGAAAUGCUGGGAUUAUAAACCUGAAAACCGCCCUAAGUUCACUGACCUUCAGAAAGAGCUCACCGCCAUCAAGAAGAAACUCACAUAGGGACCGACAGCGCCUCUCCCCCUGGGACACUGGCCCUGGGCAGGCGCAGAAGUGUUCUCAGUAACAGUGAAUUUACGCCACAUUACCUGCAACAGUCUUCUAAGGUUAUUUUUUUAUUAACUGGGUUUUUUAAAUAUGUUCUACUUUUAAAA